AUGCGUAAUCCUCCGGCAACACUGCGACACAAAUUCCGCAAAGGCACGCACAGCUGCGGCGAAUGCCGCAGACGCAAGCUGAAGUGCACCCUUAGCCCGGAAAGCACCGUCUGCACGAGCUGCCAACGGCGCGGCAUCCAAUGCAUACCCCAGGAAAUGGGACUACCUGUUGCCAAAGCAGCUUCAAAUGAAUGCAGAUCAAAGUCCUCGGGAGUAGUCGUUUUGCAAAAGCCAAAGACACAACCCGAGCGCUUGGAGAAGCAGGCAAACAAGGUCACCGUCGCUGACAGGUGUUUGGCCUCCUCGGUCAGCCCAGAUUCGCCUGUUGAUGCCGUCCCAAGAUCUCUUCAGGCCAGUCUUCCGUCAUCAUCGGACGAACAGACAUGGCCGGCGCGCCAGUCACAGUGCUCAGCAGGAGACGCGUCGUUCAUGAACCCUGAUGUGCUGGGUCGUACUGUGGCGCACAACGCAAAGGUGGUUACGGCGUUGGAAGAGGGCCGCUACUUCGAUGGCCCUUUGACUAGCAGCAUACCUUCGCUUCGUCAAAAUUCUCAGACGAGUGCCCAUCACGACAUUUCAGCUCGCCUUUGCUCUUUCCUUCCUCCAGAAUCUACAGCCUCGAUCCUUCUCACGAACGGCCCGUCUGUGUUCCUCGACCUCUUCAAUUCUUCGCAGCACUUCCGAAAGCUACAAAAGACCGACCAUCCCGCUCUAGUAGCUAACCGGCUUAUGAUGCUCGCUCUCUGCCUUCAGCAGCUCCCGUCCUCAUUCGAUCAAUCCUCACUCGUCUUCCAACCCGCUUUGGUCACUCCAAACCUCAGCUCGAGAAGCCGCAGUAGUGUUGUCAUUUGCACCUGGGUAGAGGCCGCCAGCUGCCUUGUUAGCUGCAACGAUAACCUCAUAUCAAAUGCAGAAGGUCUCGAGGCUCUCAUUUUGCAGGCCACCGUCCAAGCCGACGGUGGUCAUCUUCGAAAAGCUUGGAUGACUGGUCGCAAAGCUAUAUCCAUGGCGGUCAUGCUCGGACUCCACCGGGUGCAGCCAAACUCGGCCACUUUCCUGAGCUCCUGUAUCCCUGGUGAAGUUGUGUCGAGCCAAAUGAUCGACUCACUAUGGUUUCGCUGCAACUGCAUUGACCGCUAUGCUUCCCUCGUGCUUGGACUUCCUCCUGCGUCGAAUGACCUCGACUUUGCCUCCGAGGCAAGGAUGCAAGACAAUACACCAAACGAAUAUUUGGGCAAGACAUAUGCCGUCUGUUCUGGCCGUAUAUGUGAGCGAAAUGAAAAGUUGGCAGCCGGCCACGACGGUCGGGUAUUGACGGAGGAAAUCGAGAACGAGCUUGAGCACAUAGCCCACUUCGUGGACGACACAUGGUGGGAUUCGCCUAGCCUCUGCGUAGCGGGGACUGCACUUUCUGAUGAACUGAUGGUUCUGAAUCUGCAAGUGAGGUAUUACACUCUGACCGUGAUGCUGCAGCUACCAUAUAUGCUGCAGCAAAAGGCGGGCCAAUAUCCCGCCGCGCAUGAGCGUAGCUGCAAGACCUGCAUGCAAGCCUGCCGCUCGGUCAUCCAUCGCUUUGUCCGCUUCCGAAACAUCUACAAGAGCUCCACCACAGGGCGCCAGAUCGACUACGCGGCACUGUUGUCAUGCAUGGCACUUCUUCAAGGGCAUAUAGUAUUGUGGCGCCAGGCCCGACAGAGUAAAGCUCACAGUCUUCAACCUCUUGACGAGGAACUAGUCGACACAGCGAGACAGACCAUGCAGCAUAUCGGUGUUAUGAAUGGAAACGACACGCUGUCGUGCGAGUUUGCAAAGACUAUUUCCAACCUAUUAGCCUACUUGCGGAGUCAUGGCAAAGGAAACAACGGUGGCCUGGAUAGCUAUUUUGCAGAGCCGAGCGUAAGAAUGACUGAGCAGCAGGCGAUGCUUCCCCCGACCAGCCCCUAUAGUAUACUAUUUGACGGUUUUAGUCUAGAUCCAAGCCUUAUAUUUCCAUUCAUAAGCACUGAUAUUUAA